UUAUUUUAAGGCGGGCGGUCCGGGCCGCCCGGUUCCUCUCGCUGCCCUCCAGCUCCCUGGCCACGCGGCUGCCCGGCAGCAUGGGUCCCCGGCACCGCGCCCCGCUCGCCGCCCUCCUGCUGCUGCUGCUCUGCGGCGCGGGCACCGUGCACGGCGACACACCUGCCAACUGCACCUACCCCGACCUGCUGGGCACCUGGGUCUUCCAGGUGGGCCGCGGGGGUUCCCAGCGCGAGGCCAACUGCUCGGUGAUGGGACCACCAGAAAAGAAAGUCGUGGUGCACCUUAAGAAGAUGGACACAGCCUAUGAUGACUUGGGCAAUUCUGGCCAUUUCACCAUCAUUUACAAUCAAGGCUUUGAGAUUGUGUUGAAUGACUACAAAUGGUUUGCCUUUUUUAAGGAUGUCACUGAUUUUAUCAGUCAGUUGUUCAUGCAGCUGGGAACUGUGGGAAUAUAUGAUUUACCAUAUCAGAGGAACAAACUGGUUAUUACAUAGAGCAUCUGUUGAGGGGCUCUUUUAAAACCACAGCCCCAAACAGGCUUUGGGGCUGAGAGGCUGAGCAGCAUGCCGCACUGGACCACCUACCUGUAACCGCUAGCGGAGGCCCCCGGCAGCCACAGAGCCCUCUGGAGUCUGUCUGUGCAUGUAGAAUGCAGAGGAGGCCUGGGGACCUACCUCCAAGGCAGCUGCCCUCCUGAACAUUUCCGUGGAAAGCAGCCACCACCAUUUUGGAAUGUGAACCGCCAGAGACUGCUCUACAGGAGAAAGGAAAACUGUUCUGGAAGUCUUGGGUGGCUUCGCCAUGCAGCCUUUGAGUAAAAGGAACACUGCAACCUAAGUUUUUUCCUCUUUUGAACACUCUGCUCUUGAGGGACCCCAGCAUCCAUCGUAAGGAGAAAAUAAGGCCUCCGGAUAUCUUGAGAUGCGCAGAUAGGUUAUUGGUGGGAAGAUGGCCCCUUGGAAGAGGCUUUUCUGAGGGAAGCCCAUCUGCCGAAGGGUAUCUUUAUGUUCUCAUUAGGUGCCAGCCUUGUGCUAAGAAUUUGAGGUACUUUACCUUUCAGAAACCCUAUAAAGUACACACCACUAGCUUCCUUUCCUAGUUUGGGGUAGUCUCAUGUAGUCACAGCUGAAGUGAUAAAUGAUCAGGGCUAGUCUUGCAAACCUAAGAAGCAUUUCCUUGUUCUCUGCUCUGAACAUUUGUUUUGAUGAUGGAAGGAGAGAAGAUUGGGCGGGUAUGAAACGGCAAAUAUAUGUGAAAGAAAAGCCCUUUCGCAAGUACUUGGGGUCACAUUUGGGUAGACUUUCUGGCGAGUCCCAGUCUGUAAACAUCACAGAUGUUAGUUUAAUGGAAUUGAAUGUUCACUGCAUUGGCUCCUGUUGAGAUUUUAGGAGAAGAGUUGGCUUGAAGCUUAGGUUUCCUUUCCAAAUGAGGAGACUCACUUUCUUUCCCAAGCCAGGGUCCUGUCAUUCAAGACAAAAAAAAAAAAAAAAAAUUACCUUCUACUUCCCUUUGUAGUCCCUCAAAGUGGAAAAGGAGAGCUUUGUAAUCUUCAAAUUAAGUACAACUUAAGUACCUUUGCCAAGUUCACUUCUCUUAAUACCACUAUUGUUCACACCGAUUGCUAUCAUUUAGCUCUUUCCUGCUGAACAAUGGACUAGUUUCCUCCUCAGGUCAGAGCUGACUAAUAUCAGCCUUGGUAAUGCGAACAUGGGGGCUCCACCUAAUUCAUAUUGUCUGGGAGAACUUCCCUCCUGCAUCCCAGCUUUAAGGGAGGAGUCUUUCCCUAGGGAGCAGGUUGCCAUCAUUACACUGUGAGCUCAGAUAACUCCUUGUACUACCUGAGAGGUCCUGAUGGUCAGCAGCUCUGGGAAGGUGGUAUCUUAUAAAGAGGAAGUAACGGUACAGCCGACUACUACCUGGAUUCUUUCUUCCAUCCUACCUCCGGACCUGAUCGCCCGUCUUCACUCAGGGCCUUCAUGCCACCUCUGUGAAACCCUCCCCCGCUCUUUCUGUUGGUGGGAGAAAUGCCAUUAUUUUGGUUCUCAUUGUGCUACACAGGUACGUCUGCUCAGGCAGUACUAACCCUGCUGUAAUGGGAUGAUGUGAUAGCAUGUCUUCACCUUUUUCCAGACUGAACCUCUCUUAUUUCCCUGGAUAUCUUAAGCACUCAGUGCACAUAGAAAUAAGAGGUUGGAAGGUUAACCACGCUUCUCUUGUCCUUUCAAAGAUUUCUCACAAGUAAUAUCAGCUUACAAAAUAAAUCAGGGAUAGUACUAUGUUUAGAGUUUGGGUUCUCUACUCUAAGAUGUGUCAGGUUACCUGUCUCUAGAGUCCUGAGAGAGUUGUAUGUUUUCAAACAGAUUUUCAGGAUGUAAAUUGUGACGAAGCAACCAAUAUAUGUAAAAAUGUAUUAUGGAAUUUAAAAUCACCUCUAAAGUAAUUUGUUUGUUUCUCUGAGAGUAACUGCAUCUAAACCAGGGGUGGAAAACGUCUGGCCUGUGGCCUUAUGAGGCCAGCAAAAUCAUUUGGUCUGGCCCUGCCAAGACAUUAGGGAUGAGUUAAUUAAAUGUUUGCCCAAAUAUAGCAGGGUAAUUUUAAAGUUGAUAACUUUGAAUGGCCCGCAAACAAUGUUAUAAAUAUCCAAGUGGCCUUGGCAGAAGAAAAGGCUCUUUAUUGUUAACCUAAAUGUUCGUUUUGAUUAUGGAAGAAGAGAAAAUAUUUGGUGGAUAUGAAACUGCAAAUAUAUGUGUUAAAAGGCCGCAUGGGCUGGGCUAACAUGGCUCAGUGGUUGAGCAUUGACCUAUGAACCAGGAGGUUAUGGUUCGAUUCCUGGUCAGGGCAUAUACCCAGAUUGCUGGCUUGAUCCCCAGUAUGGGGCAUGCAGGAGGCAGCCAGUCAAUGAUUCUUUCUCAUCAUUGAUGUUUCCAUCUCUCCCCCCCCGCCUCCAUGCUUCUCUGAAAUCAAUAAAAAUAUAUUUUUUUUAAAAAAAGGCCACAUGGUAUAGUACUCUUAGCAUUCUCUGUUGUAAUUGCCUGCUUGUCCUCUCCUCUGGUCUUUAAUCUCCAUGACGGCAGAGAUGAACUCUGUAUUACUGACCAUUUUAUUCCCUCUGUAUAGCACAAUAUGUGGAAAUAAUAGGGCUUCAAUAAAUAUAUAUUUGUACAAACAAGA